AGAUGUGCGAGAGUAUACAGUCUCAACUGAAACCCCUGCUUUAUCAUUCUUUACAACAUUGCCCGAUACAAAAGUUGUGUUCACCGCAAAUACAUCUGAUCUCACAUCCACUAGAAGUUUUAUUUUUCUCUAUCGGACUGUUCCUAAAGGUACAUGCACUCGGAGAUUGCAUACUUCCAGUCAUGCACUCACGUGAAUUUUACAAUGGCCUAAUUACGCAUUUAGACGAUUCAGGUUACUCGAUCUGACAGGUGUGACGCGAAAUUCCUGACUUGCGAAAUAUCUGACUAUUGCAGAACUGCCCAUGCGCAGACGAUGCGCAUGAAUGACUUUGGCUCAUAAAUUUCGCAACUCAACAGACAACACGUGUAUUUAUAAAGUCAUUUUAUUUUUACAUAAAUUUUCAAACAUCAAUUCUACAAUUGAUCAACUGAAUUGACACUAUACCACUGAUUGUGAACGUUAGCGUUCAGCGAUAAUAAAGCUUGAGUCGUAGUGAUAUAAAAUAGACUCCAGUUUCAAAGGUGAUGCUAUAUGCAUUACUACAAGCACCAAAAAUCGUUAUGCGUUUGACCUUCUCACUAUUUAGUAAGCAGCAACAAUGAGUUUGCCGUUUAGAUUUGGCGAUGUCUAUAUUGGAAACACUUGGUAACAUCGCAUAUGGGCUUAAAUAUCGUUUCGACCGACCGUAUUUAACAAACGUCGUGUAUUUCGCGGUCACGACCACACAAUUCGCUUUGAAAUUUAAAUUGUUUGUGAUUGAAACUUAGCGAUGUCGAUUUGAAAUAUUUAACGAAGUAUUAGAAAUUAACAUCAUGAUUAUUUUAUCUAAACUCUAAAAAACAGUUUUGGCCGACUUAGAAUUUAGCAAGCGUCAUGUAUUUCCCGCCUGUACGCGCGAAUUUUCUGACCCGUCACGCUUGGUCAGGUAUUUCGCAGAGGUCAGGAAUUUCGUUUGACACCGGGAAAGCAAGACAAUUAAAGUUUUGCUAAUUUCUCAUCCAAUUUAUUAUCAUCCAUAUUUUUCCAAAUUUUAAUAUGUCUUUGGGCAAUGUCCAUUAGUCUCAUACAUUUUCAAUAAUAACAGGGUGUCGACGGGCCUGGAAAUCCUGUAAAGUUCUUGAAUUGGAAAGAAAUUCCAGGACUGGAAAGUCCUUGAAAAUCAGUAGAAGUCCUUGAAAGUCCUGGAAAUAAUUUCCUUAACUUCCAGCUGUGCCAACAUUAGUGAUUUUGAUUAAAAUUACUGAAUAAAGUGAAUUAUUUACGGCAAACCCGUGCCAUUUUCAAAGAUUUUUCCCUGUUCUAGGUCCUUGAAUUUACUGAAAAAGGGCCUUGAAAGUCCUGGAAAAGUCUUGAAUUUCACCUUCACCAAAGGGUGGACCUUCUCAAAAUCUUUUCAUCGCAGCAUUUUACGAAAUCAUCCGUAUAGUGAUCCGAUCACUUUACUUUACAUUGUUUUUGUUUGGUUGGACUACGCCGUUGUUCAAAAUCUGUGACCAUGAAAUGUGCUGAGCAAAGCACCAAAGUGCUUGAUGGCUGCCAUUGCGGACGAUGUCUUUGGACAAAACAAGCCUGUUUUGCUCGGACAGGACUAUCGCUAGGGAAGCGAUGCAUCCAAAUUCCUUCUGUUUUCGAAUUAUUUUUGCAACUGACUUUUCCAGGUCCGCCUGCAACACAAUACUUUCCAAGAGAUUUCCUUUUCGCUCGCCUGUUUUGAGUCUCGGCCAUGACAAUCACCUUUGGAAUGAACGUGCGAGUACAACCAGUGACGUCACACCAUCAAUUUGACCGCGCCGUGAGAUGGGACAAACAAAGGUCAUAGAUGGCACACUUUGUAGCUUAAAAAAUCGACUUUAAAGAAUCGCGGGGCGAAAAUAAAAUACAGCAUGAUAUUCAGCGUACUUUAAACUAUAAAAUCAGUACAAUUUCAGAAAAAAAUUUCAGCCAUUUCAUAAACACUUUAAAGCGCAGGCUCUUGACAAGUAAAAUCGUCUGUUAUUAGACAAUUGAGAUUUGGGAUUAAUGGGGUAAACAUUAUUUUUCUACUACAGAUACUGACAAAGAAUGCAAUUACAUAUUUUAUGGCCGAUGGGGAAAUAUUGACUCAAAUAAGGUACAGAAGUCGUGUUAUUACAGUGCAUUUGAGUGUUGGGUUGAAAUAGAUGUACAGUACUGUAAUUGCAUCCUUUAAGUCAUCCAUGUGAAUAUAUAUGACAGUCUCAGGGUGUGAUUUAGGCAAUCCCACUUAUCGUAUUUAGUCUCUAUUUAGCCCCUAAAGCAGUAAAUGAAGAUCUGGCGUUUGAAGUUUACGUUUGGCGUAUAAAUUUCAUGCUUUAACGACUACAAGCCUUCGUAGCAGUUCAAGCAUGAAAUUUAUAUGCCAAACGUAAACUUCAAACGCCAGAUCUUCAUUUACUGCUUUGGUGAAUAUGUGACUAGUGCAUGGUUAAUUUGCUUCCUUAAAUCAUUGCUAAAGAACACAAGUUUAAGAAUUGUUUAAUAUAUUUCAAAACUGGUGUAAAAGCUGUUAUAAUGUUGUAAAAUCAAAAACUUCGUUAGCGGUUUGACGUUUGCGGUAAACGUCAAUCUGAAACUCUCUAAUAAUGGUCCCCUGUUUCUUCUGAAAUUUGCCGGUGAAUAAUUAAUGAGGUCACACCAAUUUGACCGCCUCGAGUCUCAUUAUUUCAGGUACAGUUCAGCAUUUUGAAUGACGGUUUUUAAGGCGCAUCACAACCCUUAAUUGAAAAAAACUAACUUCAAUCAGGAGCAAAUUAUUGAGACAACCGCAUAAAAAAGAGAAAAUUCAACCCACUUUUUCCAACAUUGAUCAUGGGGGCAGGGGGGAGGCCGACGUACUUUAAAAUGGCCAAAAACGUGAAAAGUCUCAUUAUUUUUGCACGCGAUUGUAGGAAAAUCAAUUAAGCAUAAUUCAAGAUCAUGCAGUGAACUCGAUGUUUUUAACAUUAAAAAUGUUAAAUAAUGUAAAAACAUUGAAAUCACUGAUCUUGAAUUAUGCUUAAUUGAUUUCAGUGCCGUAGCAAGGUCGAUAAUUGAGGGGCUUAUAUUCAUAUAUUCGUGUUCUGCGUUAUUAAUUUCUUUUGAAAUCGAUUAUUUUUAUGGUCUCUGAACACGAAUAUAUGAAUGUGAGCCCCCCCCCAUUGGCCCAAUUAUUGGGCUUGUUACGGCACUGGAUUUUCGUAGUUAGUUUUUCAAUUAAGGUUACAGGACGCCCUUUUUGGCGUUUUGUGGAAAAUCGCUACUGCGCGCUCAAAAUCAGUCCGAUUUUCAUCAAAUUUUCACCAAAUGUUAGCCAUGCAGUGCAUGCAAAAUAUGAUAAAGUUGUAAAAUUGACAAACAAUAAAAUAAUGUAAGAAUUAUUCAGGAAAAUCUUAAGUCGCGGUAGCUUUACGCUUUUGAGUUAUGUUCCUGCUGGUUUUAAGAUAUAUUUAUGAAAAUAUCAUUUUUAUAAAGUAAAAUAGUUGUUCUAAAAAAUUGUGUUCGGAAAUUUUUGUUUAUUUCGUCAUUCCGCUGAUAUGGCGAUUUCUUUGACGACUGCAAUAUAUUUCUGAAUCGUUUGUGUGAAUUGCUCCUUAUUAUUAAAAUAUCCAAAAUUAGAACAAAGCCGAACACAGUUUUGAAACUGACUUCUUUAGCUAUGUUCUGUGAAAAUUUGAGAAAAAAUGGUUAAAACCCGCAGGAGCACAACUCAUUUAAAAAUCAGUAAUUGCCGUAAAAUUCUUUGGGAGAAAAUUGAAUUUGAAUAUUACAUUUUCAAUGUUUUUCUUAUUGCAGCGAAAUGUAUUUUAUUAAAUAACUCUGCGAGUUUUCAACAUUUUUCGUCCAAACUUGGUCAAAUAGUAGAACUAGUCUAAUGCUUUCAUGGAAACCAAUAAAAAAAUUUUCGGCAAAAUUAACACUCAAAGGUGUUCUGUAACCUUAAAAGGGUUGUAAUGUGCCUUAAAACCCAUCAUUCAAAGGGCUGAAUUGUGCCUUUAAAACGUUGUAAAACUCAUUAGAAGGCAUGUGUAAGCUAUAUCUUUCAAGUUACGUAGAAGACGAUAUUUGAAUUUGAUAGUAUAACUACUGUAAUUUAAACACGUAACGAUUUAAUUCGUACUGUAAGACAGAUUUUAAAAUAUCUCGCUCGAUUCAUAUACCAAUUUUCUAAUAUUAGACCUUUUUAUUUUUUAGUACUACCGUGGUUCAAAAAGGUGUAGGUAUACAGUUGUUCUUCCUCAACGAGGCUCAAUUUCACUCUUCUUCGACAAUGUAAAUAUACCUGUUGGCGAGAGAUUAUUGAUAUGGAAGGCUACCUGGGUUUAUUUAAAACCUGAUGGAAAUCCUGUCAAAGUAUUUACUCAUGCGAAUAGUGGCAAGUUUCAUUACAUCGGGCCUGAGAGCGGUGUCAUAUUCGAGUUCAAUUCAACAACAGAAUUUACAAUUCGUCUCCAAAAGUACGAACGAGGUACAGUGGCAUGCCCAAAAUCCUGACAUUCUACCCAAAACAUCUUACACUGGCAUCACCUAGUUUAUACAGGGUGUAUAAAAAAAACUGAACAGAUUUGAAAUUGCUCUCAAUUUCGCAAAACAGCCAUUAGUAUCUAGUUUUUGAUGUAUAUAGUUUCCUUGGGUACUUAUAAUGUAGAAUAAUGAAAAAAAUUUCUCGAACUCAAAUUUUGUGAUCCAGGGGUGUACGUGUCUUUUCCAACAAACUAAAAAUGGCUUGCGCACGAAAUUUAAAAGCUUUAAUCGUAUUUCGAGAUAAUGGAUGGAAAACUGGUUGGGUUUUUAAUUAUUGUACAAAAUUUCAGACAAUUUGCUCUAGUUUAAGCCCUUUAACUAUCCAUUUUUUCCUAAAAAAAAGCCUUUCGCAUGCUUAAUUAAUGCCUUUACCUAAUUUGCGUAUUACUGACAUAGCAAAUUGCAGACUUUUUAGGAAAAAUGUAAGUUUGCGUGAAUAGUUAAAGGGCUUAAACUAAAGCAAAUUGUCUGAAAUUUUGUACAGUUAUUAAAAACCCAACAAAGUUUCCAUCUAUUAACUCAAAAUAUGAUUAAAGCUUUUAAAUUUCGUGCGCAAGCCAUUUUUAGUUUGUUGGAAAGACACACACCCCUGGUUCACAAAAUUUAAGUUCGAGAAUUUUUUUUCAUUCUACAUUAUAGGUACCCAAAGAUACUAUAUACAUAAAAAACUGGAUACUAAUAGCUGUUUUGCAAAAUUGAGAGCAAAUUCAUAUCUGUUCAGUUUUAUUUAUACACUCUGUAGUAUAAUUCCAUGAACUUGUGGUUAGUAUAAUUGCAUGAACUUGCAUGACUCACUGAUCUAGAAAUACUUACAUGACUCUGUAAGGGCUGGUGUAACAGGAAAUAUGCCCCCGCCCCCCCCAAAAAAAAUUCCCCCGGGCAAAUGUCCUGCCAGAGUGCCGAUGGUUUUACUUUUUGCAGCUGCUCCUGGUUUGGUCUAAAAUUUAGCACUCAAAAUUUCCAUCUACAAAAAUCCAUACAUAUCUUAUACACACUAGAUAGCACAUCUUCUUUAGUAAAAUUCAAGCCAAGAAUAUUCCAGCGGUUACCCCCAUUUCAAUAGAUGGCGGCCAUCUUGGAGUUUCCCACUCGCUAAUAAACGCUUAAAAAACAACAUAACUUUCAUCAUCUGAAUAGUUUAAAAAUGUAUUUGGAAUUUAGGUUUAACUCAAUAUUUAAGUUCCCUGUUUAAGAAAUAGAAAACAUACCAAUCUUCUCAUUUCAUGGGAAUACCCUGAGCCUGCAAUCACGGCUUCAAUUUUUGAAUUGCAGAAUAAUUAGAUGCACUAUCUAGUGUAUAUAAGAUAUCUAAUGCAAAAAUCCUUCAACAAGAAAAAUAGCCACCGCAUGCAUCAAAGCUAUUCUAGGAAGGCGGUGGUUUUUUCACAAACCUAAUUAAUAGUGAUUACUAGAAGAAAUAAAGCAGGUUGAUAAUGAAGAAGUUAUUUUUUAAAGAAAUUAAGGUUACAGAAUACCUUUGAGUGUUAAUUUUGCCUAAAAUUUGUUUAUUGAUUUCCAUGAAAGCAUUAGACUAGUUCUACUAUCUGACCAAGUUUGGACGAAAAAUGUUGAAAACUCGCAGAGUUAUUUAAUAAAAUACAUUUCGCUUGUAAUAAGAAAAACAUUGAAAAUAAUAUUCAAAUUCAAUUUUCUCCCGAAGAAUUUUACGGCAAUUACUGAUUUUUAAACGAGUUGUGCUCCUGCGGGUUUUAACGAAUUUUUCUCAAAUUUUCACAGGACAUAGCUAAAGAAGUCAGUUUCAAAAUUGUGUUCGGCUUUGUUCUAAUUUUGGAUAUUUUAAUAAUAAAGAGCAAUUCACACAAACGAUUCAGAAAUAUAUUGCAGUCGUCAAAGAAAUCGCCAUAUCAGCGGAAUGACGAAAUAAACAAAAAUUUCCGAACACAAUUUUUUAGAGCAACUAUUUUACUGUAUAAAAAUGAUGUUUUCAUAAAUAUAUCUUAAAACCAGCAGGAACAUAACUCAAAAGCGUAAAGCUACCGCGACUUAAGAUUUUCCUGAAUAAUUCUUACAUUAUUUUAUUGUUUAUCAAUUUUACAACUUUAUCAUAUUUUUCAUGAACUGGCUAACAUUUGGUGAAAAUUUGAUGAAAAUCGGACUGAUUUUGAGCGCGCAGUAGCGAUUUUCCACAAAACGCCAAAAAGGGUGUCCUGUAACCUUAGCGAAGUGUAUACAACUUCGGCAAGAAAGCCUGGCCAUAAUAGUUCGUUUGAGUGAACUUUAUACUGUUACUGGAAUCAAACUAGAGUAAGCUAUAAUUCAACUUUGAAAUGCCAUUUUGGAUAUUUAUCAAAGCCAUAACAAGAGAUUUACUGCAUGAACUGGGCCACUCAGUUGCAUAUGAACAGCCCAUUAGAUAGUAAACAAAUAAAAAUAAAUACAUGAUGUAUAUCCUGGUUUUCAUUUAGUUAUCGAAGAAUUUGGCGAAUCGGGGGAGAUAACCUUGCCUAUACGGCCUUAUCCAAAAUAUCUUGAACUGAAAUAUUGGAUUACUGUACCAAGAGGACAUGUAAAACUGACUGUGCAUGGUGAGUUAAAAUUAUACUAUUACAAAAACCUCCAACUAGGUGUUUAUAUAGACUUUACCGUAUGUUGCACUUUUGCAUUAAUGGCCUCGUGUCCAUGUUUCCCUGUUGUAUGUACAGUAUAUCGCCAUGUAUCGUGCGCGAAUUGGUCUCUCUUUAGUCGUGUUUACACUAAGCCUAGCCUUGGCCUGGCCUUGGUCAGGCCAAGGUAAAUGUGGCGCGUUUACACCAUAUCACUAUUUUUUGAGACUGGCUCACUUUGGCCUAGAAUUUUGUAAUUAAUUUUGUGUAUUUUUAUGUGUUGUGGACACACGUGGCCAUGAAAAUAAAGCCCAGGCCAGGGCCGAAAGUGUUUACAUUUCCACAAGCCUAGCCCAGGCCUAGGCCAACGGUUGUAGUGGGCCCACAUUUCCUGGCCUAGGUCAGGCCGAGGCCAGGCCAGAGUCUGUUUACACUGUCAAAAUGUAGGCCAAGGCCAGGCCAAGGCUAGUAGUGUAAACACGACUUUUGAUCUUGGGUCAACGAGGCCAUUUGGGCAAGAGUAUAAACGAUCAAGCAAAUGUCAUUUUCUAUAUUAAUGAUAUGCAUAUAGAAAUAUUACUCGACUGUGAUUGAUUGAUUUCAGUGCAGUUAAUCUCACAAACAGCAGUGCAAAAUCUGUAAUCACAGUGCAUUUUUUUGUGAUACAGCUAGUGCAAUUUUUUUGUAAUAGUGCAAAAAAUCUGUAAGAAGCUGAUCUGAUUAGUGGAAAAACAAUGUGAUGAUAAAAUCAACCAGUCAGUUUAAAACAGUUCUGAAGUAACGGUCACAGAUUGCUGCAAAUGAAAACAAACAUCACGCCGCGCUACAUAGAGUAAAAGUAACUUCGGUUGGAAAAUAUGGCUUUUAUCUCUUUUUUGUCAAAUGGAAAAGCCUUUACCUUAAACAAGGCUAACAAAACUGACAAAACUUACAUAGUUGAGUGGAAUUUUUAAGCCGUUGGCGUUGCAUAAUGUGAUAUAACAAAGCAGGAAAACUUUGUUUAAUUUAAAACUACAAUUGUCUCGAACAUUUUUAUGUAUAAUAGCAAUAAGUAAUAGCAUGGUUUCUCGUGAAAUUUGGAUAAACAUGCACUCGUGAGUUUUUCAAAGACCUCAAAUAGCACUCGUCCUUCGGACUCUUGCUAUUUUGAUGCUCUUUGAAAAACUCACUCGUGCAUGUUUUAUCCAAAUUGCACUCGAAACCAUGCUAUUACAUAUACAUAAUUCCUAUACAGCUUCCCAUCCCUGUUUGAGUUUUAGGUAAUGAAAGUUUGUUACUUUUUGAAUGGAUAAUUCGAGGCGGUCAUAUUCGUGUCACCCCUUUAUUUAUUUACAAUCGCAAAUUUAAAGGGCGGGAUAUUUUGAUCUAAUCUAAAUAUUUAAUCUACAAAGGGUGAUGUCCAUCAUGCAUGGUGUGGACUAAUUUGUAUCUGGACAGUACACGUAUUCACUUCGCCUGCAGCAAAUGUGAAAAACUUUUCUUACUGUAGAUUUGUGGUGGUCACCCCAAUAUGGUCGUAAUAACCCUUCCGGAAAGUACUUAGCCAUGGUUAUAGAGCGUCGUUUCCAUGUUUGAGGCGUUGGCUUUAGAGGUCUUUGUCUUGUUACUGCAUGAGUACAAUAUCUUACAAUUCACUAGUCUGCAUGAUAUAACUGUAUGGUUUCGCAAAUGUGCCACCUGUAACAAAAUAGAGGGCUUUAAACCCAAUAUCUCAAUCACGAAAACAAGGCUAUAUAGCGACUGUAAGACUGAGCACUUUCUUUAAGAGUGUAUUGGCUUCAUACAUAUAGCAGAUAAACCAUUAAGUACUGCACACGUAAAAACAUACAAGUUGUUACAGAUCUGCAAACGAGUUUUUGGAAAUCUGUCCACAAGCCGUCGAGAAGUUGUGUUCGCACUCGUCAUCUGCUUGUUCCCAAUUGUUGUAAAAAGUUUGGAACAAGCUGUUAACAACUUGUAAUACUGUAACAUUGAUGGCAUUAUCAGACUUGUUACAAGGUUGUUCUAACACUGUCUGAUACAGUCAUGAUAUAACAAGAAUGUUACAAGGUUGACGACACAAGGUUGUAACAAUAUUUUUAUAUCAUGACUGUAUCGGACUUGUUGGAACAACCUUGCAACAACUCUGGUAAUAUCAACAAGGUUGUUUGCAACUGUAAACAAGUCGUUCCAGAUUUUGGGACAAGAAAUGCGAACACAACUUGUUGGCGGCUUGCUGGCGGACUUGCAACAAGAUGUGAUAUUUUUCCGUCAGUAGUUAUUAAUAGUUGAAUUUAUUCUUUUACAGAUCUAUAUUUACCGAAGUAUGAUUACCGAAGUAAAAUUAAUGUGUACAGAUUUAAUGACAGGAAAAGAGAACUUGUAAGAAGUUUUGAUAACAGUAGUACGCUGGACACAAGUACUGUCAUAUCAGAUAGCAACAGGCUGGCUGUGACUUAUAAGUCAUAUAGGGAAAAUUCCAUUGAAAGAUUUAGGAUUACUUAUUCCAUGCUAGAAACUGGUAGGUUUGUUUGGGAUUUAGGAUUUAAUGUUACCAUAAACAGAGGUUAAUAAAUCACGCAAAUCCUUUGUGGCUAAAUUGGGUGACGGAAAGUGCGGUUUCUUUCUUGGGGGUAGGGGUCCCCAGAAAAGCUGUAGAGACAACAUCAGGGUGAGAGUAAGGGCCCUCACCGUUAUGGACACUGAAUUUCAUGUCCGAGCCGGGCUUCCCUGUGGUGAAGUGACCGAGAGAUGCGAAGAUCAGGAUGCGAAGAUCAGGACGCCGUUAUGGACCUUGCUCUCUUUGGCCGGUGUGUGCUUCACCGUGGGCGAAGUGUGGCCGUGUGAACACCACUUUCCGUCCCGUUUUCUUUAUUUCUUCUUGAAUGUAUAAAAUUAUUUACAAGUUGAUAAAACAGAACAAUACAGAUAUGAUUACAAUUAAUUUCUUAUAUUUAAGUUCCAUAUGCUUCUUCUUCAUCAAAGGGUUGGGUGGGUGAGAUUUUCCUUUUAUGUUGUCUCAAAGACCGGUGAAACAAGAGUGAACUGAGAUAAAACUUUGCUAGCUUUUGAUGAUAACUGCAUGAAGAAUGUCGGCUUAGCAAAAAGGGAUUGUAUAUUGGCAUUGGCACUUAGCAUAUUUUGGCAGAUAUUGCCGCCAGGGGCAUGCAAAGCGGUUGUUUUCUUUGCGUAUCGUUUCUGUUUAGGUUACAUAGUUUUAUGUAUGGAUGUUGCGUCUUAUUAAUCCUAAUUUAUUUUUUAAAUAAAUUGCUCCUGAAAUUAAGCUUUAGAAAAAAUGUCCAGAUUUAUAUACUUUCAGAGAAGAAGAGCAGAAAUGAUACUCAUGAUGUUUUAACCCUACAGUACUGUAUUUCAAAAGAUUUUGGUUGCGUAUGUGUUAUGGUGCAAUAAGAGUGUUUAUUUUUUCUCUUGCGGUCCGCGAAAUCAUAUUUUAUGCUUUUCUGCAAUCUGAUUGACUACGCGAGCGGUCCGUAUGAGCCCGCGCGAGAUUUAAAGCCGUAGAACCUAUGUUUUUAUUUUUUAAAAUUUAAGGACGAGUUUAAAGGCUACUUUUUAAAACAUUAAAAUGUCUGCAGACGAUGAAGAACACAGUGAAAAAAAUGCUUGUAUUCAGAAUGUUUCGUUUUUGAAUUUUUUAAAUAAACAUGUCAGGUGAUUUCCUUAUUUGGCACCUGCAUUUGCGUGCGGGAGGGGAGUUGGGGAAACUUCAGAGGGGGGAAUUAAAAAAAAUAUAUAUUUACCGGUAGGGUCGGUCCGUAUAGAGAAAUAUUUCUCUCCUAUUCGGGAAAUAUUUCUCUAUACGGAACUCCAAUCCGGUAAAUAACAUAUAUGUAUUUUUUUAGCACCAAAAACAUGCGACAGUUCGUUCCCCAACGUGAAAAAGUCCAAGUUAUCUGUGGCAUUGUAUGAAGGUAAUAUUUAAAGCAGGCGAACUCAGACAUGAGUCUAUUAGUACUAUUGUAACCACUAUUUUGUAGUUAUGUAGUGGUUAACCACUGGCUAAGCUAGCCAUGGCAACUGGUUAUACAAUGCUAAUAAAUCUGCAUCUAAAUAGGUUAAAGACAACACAUUGCUAUGGUUAGCUUUGUAUGGUUAGCUUAGUUAGUUAGUCAACUCCAAAAUACGGUGUUAAAACAAGGUGUUAAUUAUGAAAAUUUGACACAAGCUUUGUUUUAUUAGAGCAUCUUUUUAUUUUUGCACAAUCUCAACAAAUUCAAUUAUAAAAUUCUGAACUAGGUUGGGAGGUGACGUAUACUUGUGCAUCUGGCUACGGCAACGGAAAUUACAAUGACUUCACUGUACUAUGCCUGGCAAAUGGCAGUUGGACUUAUAGGAAAGGUAGAGAGUGCCGCAAGAUGUGCCCUUCACUAGGUU